AUGAAUAUUGAGUGCCAGGUGCCUAAUUGCAAUGUAGGGAAUUUCUCCAAAGGUGAAUCUUUCAAAAGAAUCUGCCAGAGACACUUCCAGUUCCUCCUGAACAAUGAAGAUUUAUUGGAUGUGCAGGAUGUCAGUAAAUUAAAUUCAAUCCAUGAUAUCCGGCUGGAUGUGAAGUAUUCCUAUCCGAUGCUCAAAAAAGCUCUAAAUAUUUGCCUUGAGGAAAUUUCAAGGAAAUCCCAGGAAUUGGAGAAUCUUCGUAAGAACAUUGAAGAUAAGAGGAAUAAGGAUAAUUGUUAUGUAAAAAGUAGUUCAGGAUCUGUUUCCUGUAGUAUUUGUGGUAAGAAGUUUAAAGGGAAAUACAGAUUGAAUUUCCACAUGAAGACAGUUCAUGAAUCUUCAAGGAAGUUCAUGUGCCAGCACUGUGGCUCAACUUUUAAGCGUUUAGAUGGCCUGAAAGUCCAUGAGUUGAAGAGUCACAUGUUAGAGGCAAAUAAUCCUGAGAAAAAAUCCACAAAGAUUGACGAGAAGUCUUCCAAGGGCAAUUUUCAAUGUGGCAUUUGUCAAAAAAUCCUCUCCAGUCGCUUCAAUCUUCAGAGUCACAUGAAGAGCUUUCACAGUAAAGAUCAGCCAUAUGCAUACCUCUGUCGUUUAUGUGGAAAAUCCUAUGCCACUUCAGCUGCUCUGAGGAUGCAUGAAAAAUUCCAUGCAAUGCCAUUCAGUUGCAGAAUCUGUGGAAAAUCAUUUCCAGACGCUUCUAGAUUCAAAGAUCAUCUCAAUUGGCAUAAGGAAAUUUAUCUGAAAUGUUCAAUCUGUGGGAAGAAAUUAUCCCAUAGAAAUAGUUUGAGAAUUCACAUGAAGAUUCAUGAGACAGGAUCUUUGAAGGACCAAAAAUGUUCUUUUUGUGGAGAGGGAUUUGCUUUGAUUUCUUAUUUGAGGAAGCACCAAAAAAGGUGCAGAAAAAUACCUGAGAAUAUAUGAAAUUUCAAUUUAAUUUUUACACUUAAAAUAAUGCUAAUAAAAAAUAAAAUUUAUUAAAAA